AUGCUCCGGCUGUUGUUCAUCUCGGCUUUCAUCGUUGCUGUCAGCAAUGCACAGAUGGUUCCUCAAUGUACGUGCGCCCAGAUAGAGCCAUGCAUGCGCAUCGAUCCGGACUCGAUCUUCAAAUGCGGCGAACAAUGUCGGCGUCACACAAGCGCGAUGGGCUUGAACUACGAUACUGCUCUUAAGUGUUUUGAACCACUUCGUUCAGCAAUGGCAAGCGCCAUCCAAUGCUACCAAAAGUUCUACGACGGCACGUGUGCCAAAGGAGCAUCAUCUCAGAUGUUACCAAAGAGAUAUCCCGAAACUCUCAGGCUAGCUUUAUUCAGCCGAGUCAACGCAAUGCUUGAUAGAACC